UCGUGGGCGCUUAGGCUUAAGGAUGCGCCCGAGUGGCAACACCUCACUCGUUAAAAACCUCCGGAUCUGAGAUUGAGGUUCUGGUUCGCGAUGUCAGGUCUGCAUCGGCAUCUUGUAGCUUUUAUCACUCCCAGAAUAUUGCAGGACCCCGGAAACAGCCUUGGCGCACAUUCUUCCCAUAUCGAGCAGCCUCAGGGCGUGGCCUGUGCAAUACGGAUUAUUUAUUCAAGCGAUUCAGUCCUCCGGCAUUCCUCCCCAUCCGUCCCUUUUAUCGGACGAUGAAGGCAUUCGCAAGCGAGCUCUAUGCUGGCCAGAGCAAAAUAAUCAUCGCCAUCGACAUCGGCACUUCAAAUACAGGCGUCUCAUAUGCAUACUUGUACCCGAGCGGUCCUCAAGCUGUGACUCGUGUCUCAGAGUGGCCGGGCCAGCCACCACACCGAGGAGAAAGCAAGAUACCGACUCUCAUCUGGUACAAUAGGCAAAACCAGGCGGUCGCGUAUGGAGCGGAAGCUGUCACUGCGGAGACCCAAAACGAUGCGGCGGAUUAUGGCUGGAGACUAGCGAAACAAUUCAAGCUCCACCUCCAUCCCUCGACAAUGAGACAGAAGUAUAACCUAGCGAUCGAGCCGCUUCCUCCUGGGGUUGGACUGACACAAAUAUAUCAAGAUUUCCUGGCAUACCUACUCGCUAACACUCGUCAGUAUUUCGUGGAUCACGUAGUUGACGGUGUGCGAGUCUGGAACCAGUACUUUCCAGCCUCAGACAUCGUCAUCGCCCACCCCAAUGGAUGGGGCAUUCGUGAACAAGACUUCCUUCGGAGCGCUGUCGCGGCUGCGGGUUGGACUCGAGAUAGCGGCUCUCCUAGGAUUCAUUUCAUAACGGAAGGAGAGGCCAGUGUGCACUAUUGCAUGUUCCAUGCCGACCUUGCGCCUAGGUUCCAACGAGGCAUCAGCCUCCUGGUGUGUGAUGCUGGUGGAUCGACCGUCGACUCGACCACCUACCAAGUUAUCGCACCCCAGCCUCAAUUCAAAAUGAAGGAGAUUAAAGCAUCUGCGUGUGUGCAAGCUGGGGGAAUAUUUGUCAAUCUCGCCGCCGAGCAGUAUCUUCGUCAAGCUCUGCGCACGGUCAGAAUGAUGACCGCUCAGGAUCUUGAAGAAGCUGUGGCAAAGGCCGUGACGGAUUUCGAGGCAAAUACGAAGAGGGCCUUCCAAGGAAGCAAUGGAAGAGGAACCCUCGACUUGGGUGCCGGCAGACUGACGGUAGAAAACCUCGGGAUACGGAGGGGUAGAAUGAAUUUAGACGGAAAUACGAUAGAAUCGUUUUUCAAGCCGCUCGUCGACCAAAUAAUUGCGAGUGCCCUGGAGCAAAUGGAAGGACUGAGGGUCGAUCAUGUGCUACUGGUGGGAGGGUUCGGUGAGAGCCCAUAUUUGCGCGAGGCGCUCCGUAACUCUGUCAGCAACUCACAAGUUACCAUUGUCAACGAUUCAACCGCCAAGGCGGUGUCUGACGGAGCUGUCAUUUGGUGUUCGAAGCAGUCGGUCGUAGCUCGAGCCUGCCGAUUCCAAUAUGGGAUUGUGGGUCGAGUAAUGUAUAAUCCCCAGAACCCCAAGCAUGUUGGGCGACGGGUCACAAGAGAUAUUGAUGGGAUCAAUUGGAUACCAAACACUUGGUUCCCGAUCGUGCGAAGAGGCGAUAUAAUGGCACCCGGCCAAGGGGUAACACGAGCUUUCUCAAGGGCAUACAGUCACAGUCGACCGGAUUUGGGCUCGUUUUCAACUCCGCUUUAUGUUUUCACGAGGGUGAGCGAGCCCGAUCCUUACUGGGCCUUCGACACUGAAGUGCGGCCGAAUCCAACUCCUGGUAUUGAAAAGGUGUGCGAUUUGGUCGCCAAUCUAAGUGGUCUUUCAGGAGGGCUCGAACAGAGAUCUGGACCUUCCGGGACCUUCUGGCAUCUCGACUUCCGAGUUGGUAUCGAGUUCGGAGGCACAGAGCUGGUUGCUUAUAUAGAGUGGACCGAACGGGGGAUGAUACGGCGAGGCUCGGCGACGAUUAUUCCGCAUUCCAUCAUCUGAGACGACGAAACACUACCGCAUUCGUUUCGUAACUUUAUCGCCAAUGCAACACCACCGAUUGCAAGCGUCGUUUGUUUCCCUCCAGGUGUAUGUAUUUUGAUUAUGGUUGUCAGAAUGGUCACCAUUUCUGUCCAUCAUUGAAGCAGCGGCCGCGACAUAGUGGGAAAUAGUUACAUCAUACACGGGUGUUGAUAUGAUGCAAGAAAUUAUCAGGGUCUCAAAUGGACCAAGGGGAUUUUCCGUCACUGAAAGAGAUCACAAUCCUCUUAAUCGCCAAAGAACUGUGCCGUUAAUGUCCUUGUCUUCCCUCAUAUUUGCAUUUUUUGUUCUCGAAUACCCCUGGGGCUGCAAUUGAUUUCAACCCAAAGUCCCCACACAGGUUACAAUGUGUUCCUCCCGUUUUCAUGUCAGCUUUUCGAAGAAAUCCAUUGAUUUGGAG